UUGGUGAUUAUUAUGAAUUGUUUUGAUUUAAGUGUUAUUAUUGUGAAUAUUUCGCCAAAAAUUGAGAAUAAAACUUUUUGUGACUUUGAAACGGGCGGUUAACUUUGGCUCUUUUUGACUUUUUUCUGCUUCUUUUCGUCCUUUUGUCUCUUACCUCUGCCAUCGGUGUAUUUGCCUCAUCAGCUGAAUCAUUGUCGAUUUCAUCUUUGUCCAAUUAUCAGUCCACUAGUGCCCGAUUCUCAAAGGUUACACCAAACGAUGACCUCACAAAAAACAUUAACUCUUCCAUACAGUUAUGAAAAAUACUCUACUGGGGUCAAGCAACAUGAACCAGAUGAAUACUCAGAUUCACUUAAUGGGUCACCUUUUGCUACACUUGAGGCUGAUUACAGUUCAUUGACCAACUCAUUAGGAGUCAAUCAAGAUGGAUUAACUAAAGCUACUUUGUUCACUUCGGAUAAAGAUGGUUACAAUUUCGAGUUUGGAACUAAACCUUAUUAUCGGUCAACCGGAUCAAUGGAAUCCUCCAAUGGAGCUGAUGGUAUUGUCGCUCCAAUGCCUGGUGUUAUCGAGAAAAUUUUGGUCUCCGAAGGCGAUACAGUUGAACCUGGAACCUCGUUGGUUGUUAUGGUGGCCAUGAAAAUGGAAUAUAUAAUUAAAGCAAAGGCUAAAUCGAAAGUGGAAAAGAUCAUGUUGAAAGCGGGUGAAUGUGUUCAAAAAGGUUCACAAUUAGUUAGAUUGGUGAAUCUAAACACUAAUGAAUAUGAUUAAUUGUGGAAAAACAAUUUUACCAAAUUGAAUUUUCAUUAUCUGAUUUUUAUAUCAACCAUUCAAAACUAUUAGCUUAAUAGCUUAAUAGCUUUCUUUUUUACAACAAUCUGAUCAUUAAUCAGAGCUAAACAUGUAAUCAGAUUAACAGAAAUUAUCGGUUAGAAAACUAAUAUUAUUAUUGUCAAGAUUGAGCAUCAACCCCACUGACCUGUCCAUCGAUAUGAAACCGACUAAAACAUUGAGUAGAAAAGGUUAAUUCAACUGGAUUUAUGACAACAAUUCAAUUAAAUGAGCAUGAGAAUAUUUAUCAACAAUUGUAAUUAUUUUCUAUGUGAACCCAACAAUCUUGUUUAUCAAAGUGUAAUUUAAAUUAGUUUGGGGGAAUCGCCAUCAGCUGAUUAUUACCUUAAUAAAGAUUUGGAGCUCAGGUAAUUGAUCCUGAUUUUUUUUCUUUUUUUUUCCUAGAAAAUGAUUUUCUCCGGAUGAGAACAUCUAAUUGUUAACUGUAACAAAGUACAUGACCUUGAGUAAGUAUGAUGAAAUCGAGUAGGAAUAUUGGGUAAGGCUCAAUUGACUGAGUUCGGCGUUUUUAUUCAAAGCAUCAGAAAAUACCAAAGACGAAGUCAGGAAGAGAUCGAACAGCAAAAAGAUCUGGUUGCGGAUAAUUCUCACGAGUGUCGCCACAGUCGUUUUUCUCUUUCUAUAAUAUUAGUCAUUGGAAUUUUUCUCAUCAGUUUUGAUUGAAUCGUGCAAGUCACCGUAUCAAAUUUUGUCGUUUUGUUUUGUGACUUAUUAUUAUUAUUUUGUUAAGAUUUUGUGAUUGUGUUAGACAACAUGGAUUAUAAUAUAAACGAUUUCUUCAAAUUCGCCAAUGAAAACCCAUUAGAGAAUGAUAUUUAUAGAUUUACCUUAAACUCUGUGAACAUCGGCAAAUAUCCCGAAAUAAAUCAUUUAAUUUUGGAAUAUCAUAAGGAGCUUCGAGAAUGUGCAUCAAACAUGGAACGGACAUUGCGAAAGUACAUUGUUUAUCUCACUUGGGAUGGACAAGAAGAGCCGUUUAUCUACGACACCGAGAGAGAUGAUUUAAGUCAAUUUGCUGAAAAGUUUGGCCUGGAGAAAGAAAAAAUCAAAGAAGUGGUUGGUGAGAUAAAGCCAUGGAGUAAGAUAGAAAUUAUUCCAAAGCCUAUUGAAGUUGAGAAUUUGAUUCCUGCUAAGAAAAAAGAUCUGCUUUCCAGCUUUAUUUCCGUCGCAUUCAAUGCAAUCCAUUGCAAUGAAUCGCUUUUCGCUGUGGUUUUAAUGGUUUUUGCCGUUAUUAUCGCUGUUAUUUUGGCGAUUUAUCAAGAAAAUAUUUGUGCACUUUUCUCUAAGCCUAAAGUUACAUUCCAUCAACGGCCACACGUUGGAAUUGGAUACCACAGCGCUUUCCUCUAGUCAACUUACUUCUCGUUCUUAUUUCACUAAAGCCUGAUCAAGUGAAAUCUUAAAAGAACCUCUGAGAAUAAGUUAUUUGUCAAUUUUAUUUAUUUAUUUAUAAGAUUUGAGACAUUCCAUACGUGGAAAAUGUACCAAUUAAAAGGAAAUUAAAGACAAUUAACUGUUGACAUUGAAAAUAAAAAUUUUAUCAUGUUAA